UAAUAUUUGACAUUUGCUUUAAAUGUCAAAAAUUAAUUUUUCUGGCAUAUUCUGUCUUCAUUUCUAUAUUCGUUUUGGGUGAAAAUCUUACUCACUUCACUUGCAUCGUAAAAAGUUUGGUAAAAUCUUUCUAAUCUUUAGUCACGAUGAGCGCAAAGAAUGUUGCUAAGCUGAUGCUGCAGGGUAGCCGACAGUUCUCCAAAACGUCAAUCGCCUCAUCCGGCGAGGUGGCUCCGGGCUACAAAAAGCUGAAGGACAUCCAGGCUAAGUUCCAGAAACCCGACGGCAAGCCAGUUUUCCUGAAGGGUGGCACCUUCGAUAACGUCCUUUAUCUUACCACUAUGGGACUGUGUGUGCUUGGGCUCGCCGGAAUCGGCAAGGUAUUGUACGAGCUAAGCUAUCCACCGAAACAGAGUGACGAAUAAGCUAAGGAAGUGCAUCAGUAUCCAGUAGUCAAAAUGGUUAAAAUUGGCAUUUUUCCGCAGUAGCAUUGGACGGAUUAUACGGGAUUGUUGCGUGCAUUUCGAGCCUCACACUCCUUGGGUAGAGUAGGUUCAAAUUCCAACGCAGUUAAGUGUAAAUCGGAUUCCUUAGAACAAUAUAAGAUCAAUGUGUGUACGCAUUUAAAUGCUGCGAAUAAAUGUUUAUUUUGAGCACUGGCGGGGCGACAUAAGUUAA